AUGGACAGUACCACCUGGAGCCCCAUGACCAACGCCACUGCCUCACCCCUCGCGCCCCACGAGCGCAUCCGCAAUGCCGCCGACAUCUCUGUCAUCGUCAUCUACUUUGUGGUGGUGAUGGCUGUGGGGCUGUGGGCUAUGUUUUCCACUAAUCGUGGGACUGUUGGAGGCUUCUUCUUGGCAGGACGGAGUAUGGUGUGGUGGCCGGUUGGAGCAUCUCUCUUUGCCAGUAACAUUGGGAGUGGCCACUUUGUGGGGCUGGCGGGGACAGGAGCUGCUGCAGGCAUUGCCAUGGGAGGCUUUGAAUGGAAUGCCUUGAUUUGGGUAGUUGUCUUGGGCUGGGUGUUUGUUCCCAUUUACAUUAAGGCUGGGGUGGUGACAAUGCCAGAGUACCUGAGGAAGCGAUUUGGAGGCAAGCGAAUCCAGAUCUACCUCUCUAUUCUGUCCCUGUUACUCUACAUUUUCACUAAGAUCUCGGCAGAUAUCUUCUCUGGGGCCAUAUUUAUCAACAUGGCCUUGGGUCUUGAUCUUUACCUGGCCAUCUUUAUCUUAUUGGCAAUCACUGGCCUUUACACAAUCACAGGGGGCCUGGCAGCUGUGAUUUACACAGACACUUUGCAGACGGCCAUCAUGCUGGUGGGGUCUCUUAUCCUGACUGGGUUUGCUUUUCACGAAGUGGGAGGGUAUGAUGCCUUCAUGACAAAGUACAUGAACGCCCUUCCAACUGUGGUUACUGAUGGAAACUUCACCGUUAAGGAAGAAUGCUAUACACCAAGAGCUGACUCUUUUCACAUUUUCCGAGAUCCCAUCAGUGGAGAUCUGCCAUGGCCUGGGCUCAUCUUUGGGUUGUCCAUCCUUGCCCUGUGGUAUUGGUGCACAGAUCAGGUCAUUGUGCAACGCUGCCUCUCAGCCAAAAACAUGUCUCAUGUGAAGGCCGGCUGUAUCCUGUGUGGGUACAUGAAGCUGCUACCCAUGUUCCUUAUGGUGAUGCCAGGGAUGAUCAGCCGCAUUCUGUACACAGAAAAAGUUGCCUGCACCGUCCCCUCGGAAUGUAAGAAAUAUUGUGGUACUGAGGUUGGCUGUACCAACAUCGCUUACCCGACUUUGGUGGUGGAGCUCAUGCCUGAUGGACUGCGAGGUCUGAUGCUGUCAGUCAUGUUGGCCUCUCUCAUGAGCUCCUUAACCUCCAUCUUCAAUAGUGCCAGUACCCUCUUCACCAUGGACAUCUACACCAAGGUCCGAAAGGGAGCAUCUGAGAAAGAGCUUAUGAUUGCAGGAAGGUUGUUCAUCCUGGUGCUGAUAGGUAUCAGCAUUGCCUGGGUACCCAUUGUGCAGUCAGCACAAAGUGGGCAGCUCUUCGAUUACAUCCAGUCCAUUACCAGUUACUUGGGACCACCCAUUGCAGCUGUCUUCCUGCUUGCUAUUUUCUGCAAGAGAGUCAAUGAGCAGGGAGCCUUUUGGGGACUGAUCAUAGGAUUUCUGAUUGGGGUGUCCCGUAUGGUGACUGAAUUUGCCUAUGGAACUGGGAGCUGCAUGCAGCCCAGCAACUGUCCCACGAUUAUCUGUGGAGUGCACUACCUAUACUUUGCCAUCAUCCUCUUUGUCAUUUCUGUCGUCAUCAUCCUGGUUGUCUCUCUCUUCACCAAGCCAAUUCCAGAUGUGCAUCUCUACCGCCUGUGUUGGAGCCUACGCAACAGCAAAGAGGAGCGUAUUGACUUGGAUGCUGGAGAAGAGGACAUCCAAGAAACCCCAGAGGAGACCCUUGAUAUAGAAGUUCCUGAGGAGAAAAAAGGAUGCUUCAGGCGUGCCUAUGACCUAUUCUGUGGCCUGGACCAGCAGAAGGGCCCCAAGAUGACAAAGGAAGAGGAGGAAGCUAUGAAGCUGAAGAUGACAGACACCUCAGAGAAACCUUUCUGGCGAACAGUAGUGAACAUUAAUGGCAUCAUCCUGCUGUCUGUGGCAGUUUUCUGCCAUGCAUUUUUUGCCUGA